CACACACACACACACAGAGGUGUGUAAGAGAAGCGCUUUGAUCUGCUUCUCUCUAACAGCAGGCAUUACAGUGAUGGAAAUUUGAUUAGUUCUCUCCCAUUCACUUAACCAGUUUAACAUUUAACCAGUGACAUUUGUGGAAGCCGGUAUAAAUAUCCCAGAGGAACAGGACUGAAGGCACAGACCUGACGUGGUGUGUGUGUGUGUGUGUGUGUGUGAACAUGACUAUGGAUUUACUGUCGCUGUGUGUGUUUCUUCUGCUCUGCGCCGUCCAUCAGUCCUUCACAGCUGUUUUAGUUAAAAACACCGAUCCCAGAAACCUGUUCACAGAGAGAGCCUGCUGUAGACGCCAGAGUCACAUCAUCUACAUCGGCAAAGAUAUUUCUGGCAGUCCCGUGAAUGUUGAUGUGGGCGUGUGCAGAACACAUUGUGGCCAAUCAGCGCGUUCCACGUCAUUUGAGGCGGGGCUGAGGGCUUCCAAAUAUUCCUCAAUGCUCGAUUUCCUGCGACACAAAAAGAUGAGACGUCAGGAUUCCUCGUCCUCGGGCCCCGUCAGCGGUUCCCCGUCCUGCGGUCUGAGCUCCGGCUGUGAGCCGGCUGGGGUGCGUGUGGACCGAGUGGUGCUGUAUGAAGGUCUGCGAGAGGUCGAGAUCAUCGAGGACUGUCACUGCGAAGCCAAAAUGAGCCAGUGCGUCCGAGCGCCGGCGCUGAGAACAUAUUACUCUCAGACCCCGUACGAGACCGUUAUAGACGCAGGCAAAUGUGUGGGGUCCAAAGGGGCACCAGAGGGAUUUUCAUGCGUCCCCACUAAGUUUGAUUCCACCCUCAUUGAAACUCCUAACAAAGUGGAGCUGAUCCAAACCGUGGCUCAAUGCAAACUAAUGGAGGGAUGUUACCGUAUCCCGUAUGUGGAGUAUCAUUACGAGAUCACAUACAACGAGGACGGAGUCCAAGUAGAAAGUCUGAGGGAAAUAGAUGUUGGCAGAUGUUUGGGAAGCUGCACCUCAGGGAGCCGCUGUCUUCUCAGGAGUGCGUCUGAUCUCGGGGAAUGUCUGCUGUGGGCUGAAGGACAGGGCAACGCUUGUGUUCCUCAAGACUACGAGAGCCACACUUUCCUCAGUCAACACGGACAGAUCCGCACCGUUCUGGCCAUCACUUCUUGUCUAUGCCAGUCUUAAACACAUCGCCACCCACUGGAAGACUUCAGCGACUACAUGAAUUUGAUCAUUUGCACGGCCCUAAUGUCAGGUUUGGGGUUGUGCAUUGAUGAAUGGCAAUUUAAAAGCAUGAUGCCGUUCAAAUAUAUCUGUAAUAUAUGUAAAUUAUGUAAAAAGUAUUUUGUAAAUAAAAUCUAUGUUAG